UUAGCCAACUUGGCUAACUAGUCGUUCACGAGAAAAAAAAGAAAUUGGCUUGGUUAGAUUGUAGUGUACUUGUUCGUUGUGUGUCAUGGAAAGCGUGUAAGAUAAUAUGUGAAUUUCACGGGUGCAACAGUCUGCAGUUUGGUGUCUUAAGCGUUAAUGUUUUACAUUUAGCCCGGAGAGCUAACGGUAAGUUAGUUUGCUCAGGUUAGCUCGCCAAACAGCAAGCUAGGUCAAGUAACGUUUGCAUGGAAGUUGGUCCAUGCUAACGUUUAGCCAGCUCGCCAGCUCUAUGAACCACCUGUGAUGUUUUGCUUAAACGUGUGUCCGGAGUUGUUUUUUUUAAACGGCGAACUUCAGAGUUCACCUGCCGCAAACUAGUGUUAACUUAACCGGCGGCACGUGCGGCAGCACCCGUUGUCUAGUCUCGGUAGUUUAACAGCAUCCUCGUGCCUCCAACUUUGUCGGUGCUGAGCUCGCGGCAGCUGAUUAGCCGGGAUGUUGGGGUUUGAGCGAUUUUCGUCGGUAUGUAUACCAACACCACUUCGUGGAUUUUUUGUUGCCAGUAGGCCCUGUGGAAGUGUUGAACUACAGGUCAGCUACAGAGACGAACAGACCCACACGACGGUGCCCACAUUCUGCUGCAGAGGAGAGAGCACCAGGAUGAGGAGACUGUAGGCACCCGCCGUAGUAUGGCCGCGUCCCGUUCCUCGCGCGUCACAAGGUCAUCAGUGGGGCUCAAUGGAUUGGAUGAGAACUUUUGUGGUCGAACCCUCAGGAACCGCAGCAUCGCCCAGCCGGAGGAGACCUCAGUGUCUCCGUUACCCAGGGCCCGCUCGCCCAAAAAGAAGCAAGACACCAAGCAGGAGUCAAAGCAGGAGUCGAAGCAGGAAACGAAACAGGAGUCAAAACAGGACAGCAAGCAGGAGUCGAAGCAGGACACCAAGCAGGAGGCCAAACAGGAGUCAAAGCAAGAUGUUAAGCAGGAGUCAAAGCAGGACUCUAAACAUGACACAAAGCAGGAUGCCAAGCAGGACGCGCAGAACGAUGGCCAGCAACUGGCCUCGUUGCAGGGAAAGGAAACUGACUCGAAUGCUUCCCCCGCUGAGGUGGAGCAAUUAUCCAGCUCCAGGAAGCGGGGUGCGUCCUGUUUAGAAAAAGACAUUGCUCCUGAGAAGCCCGAGAACUGUGAUAGAGGGAAAGGGGCGCGGGAUGCCUCUCCUCAAAUCAAAAGGGCCAAGCGGUGCUCCCGCUCUGGAGAGUCUCAGGGACACGAGGAGCACCCUGAGCCUCUAAAACCUGAAAGUCCAGUCUCUGUCCCAGAGCCCAGCAAGGACAACAGUUGUGAAGAAUUUCCCAGCCAAAACUCUGCUAACACAGCUCCUGCCUCACCCAUCCUCAGCAAAGAGGAAGGUGAGCUGACGGGGGCGAAGGCAGAGGACGGUCAUGUGGAGUGCGAUGGGGUACCUCAGCCCCCGAAUGCUCACAAAGCUUCUAAUGGACUCAGAGAGAAUAAAGCAGAGGAAACUAGCACGCUCACUAAAGAGCCUAGUGCGAAUCCCACCUCUGCCACCAACUGCCCGUCGCUGCUCAACGGUAGCCAGACGGGGGGCCCCUCAUCCCCUGAUCCCACUGUGCCUUGUAGAAACUCUGUCCCUGGGCAGAUGGAGGUCUCUGGCUCAGGAGAAUCGCCAGCCUCAUCUGCGCCGGCACUUGAGGCGGUUCCAGAGGAUCCUGUCCCUGAGUUGAUAGUGGCCAAGGAGCAGGAGGUGGAGGAGGUGGAGGUCGACGUGGUGGGCGAGCCCUUGUGUCUGGCCCACGAGGAGCAGGUGAUAGAGAACGAGAGCGAUACCAACGGCCGGCCACUAACGCCAGUGCAGGAAGCUGCUGCCUCCACCUCCUCCACCACCACCACACCCAACAUGAACAGUAGUCCAAUCAACAACAACAGCAACUCAGGAGAAACUACACCCCCACUAGCAACAACCCCCUCCCCCACAGAGCCAGGGUGCAACCCCUCAGUAUCCAGCACGCCCCCCUCUUUCACAGAGCUCUACGAACACAGAUACACCCUACGGACUUCACCCAGGAGGGCUGCCACUGGUGGUAAAGCCACCUCCUCUAAGCCCAGCUCUCCUCCCAGAGACAAUGGUCCCUUGAGGGAAGAGGGGGAGGUGGUGGUUGGGCUGGAGGAGGACUGCCCUGUGGUGGAGGAACCUGCCCCCUCAGACUCUGUCGGCCCCUCCUGCGAGGAGCCGAUGUCCGUGGAUCCUGGAGACAGGGCAGGUGGCGAGGUCGGUGGGUCCGUGGACGGCAAAGAGGCCGAGAGCAGCAAGGAGCUUACACAGAACCAGGCUGCCGAGGAGGAGGAGGAAGAGGAGGAGCCAGACGUGUAUUACUUUGAGUCUGACCACCUGGCUCUUAAACACAACAAAGAUUAUCAGAGGCUGCUGCAGACCAUCGGAGUUCUCGAGGCACAGCGUACACAGGCCAUCCUGGACCUGGAGACGUUGGCACGUCACCAGAGAGAGGCGCUCGCAGAUCCCAUCAGCUUUGUGGAGCAGCUGCAGAAACGGGUGAAUUUGGGUUUGCCGUGUCCUCAGCGAGUCGUCCAGCUCCCUGACAUUGCGUGGGAACAGUACACCUCAGGCCUCUGUGACUUCGAGAGAGAAUUCUGUGACAAGAAACGCAAAACCAGGCGGCUAAAGUUGAUCUUUGACAAAGGCACGUGUAAGUUUGGUUUGCCUGUUCGACCAAAAAGUCCAGUGGAGCCCAAGAAGGAGGGUGAAUCCUCCACCAUGUACUCGUCUCUGCCCACUAGUGAUGCCCCAGAGAAUGGAAGGCAAACGCAGAUGAUCAGGGGGAGGAUUUGUCACCCAAACAAGCCUGACACAUUCAACCAGCUGUGGACUGUGGAGGAACAGAAAAAACUGGAGCAGCUUCUUGUUAAGUUCCCUCCUGAGGAAGUCGAGUCCAGAAGAUGGCAGAAGAUCGCGGAUGAGCUGGGCAAUCGAACAGCAAAACAGGUUGCCAGUAGGGUUCAAAAGUACUUCAUCAAACUGACAAAAGCUGGUAUCCCUGUGCCUGGAAGAACACCCAACCUGUGCAUGUACACUAAAAAGGCAUCCAGUAAGAGGCAGCACCACCUUAACAAGCACCUGUACCGGCCGUCCACCUUCCUGACUUCCUAUGAGCCUCCGGUCUACAUGGACGAGGAAGACGAGCGCUCGGCGUAUUACAGCAGCGUGCAGGACCCCUCUGCUGAUGACUCGGAUGAGGAGAGUGUACCUGUGGAGUUGAGAAAUUUGCCAGAAUACAAAGAGCUUCUGGAGCUGAAGCGACUGAAAAAACAGAAGCUCCAGGAGAUCCAGGAGGAUAAGGUCGGGGUGCGGCACGUAGGCUACAAGUGUGACGUCUGUGGCAUGGAGCCGAUCCAGGGAGUGCGGUGGCACUGUCAGGACUGUCCGCCAGACAACUCGGUCGAUUUCUGCUCCAACUGCUCCGACUGCUUGUUCAAGACAGAGACCCACAAGCCUAACCACCACUUGGAUCCGGUGUACCAGCCAGAAACCUUUCUGGACAGGGACUACUGUCUGCCGCAGAGCACAGGCUACAACUACCUGGACCCUAACUACUUCCCAGCCAACAGAUGACAGGGUCCCAGGCGCCCCUAGCCCCAGGCUCUCUCCACAUAUCCCACAGGCCACUCUGUGCAUGGCUCCAUCCUCCAAGUCCAAGAUAACCGCUUAACCCGCCGCCAGGCAGGAAGGCCAGCAGGCAGGCAGACAGCCGGGUGGGGGGCCUCAGAGCAGACCACAGAGCUGCUGGUGGGGGAUGCUGUUGGUAAACUGGCCUCCCUGACUCAAGCAAAGGGCGGCCACGUUGGUCCCUCAGAACAAGGGGGCCCCCUGCUCCACCUCAGCCAGGUUAAUCAACGGAUCUGUGAUUUGAAACGAUACACUAUUUUUAAAAACAAACAAACAAACAAAACAGAAGGCACACCGACAUUCCCGAGCUCUGUGACUCCAGGAGGGCUGUCCCUGUUUCCCCCCCUCUUCCCCCGUCAUCGCCCUCCAGUUACCUCCCUGUGCUGCUUCGAAACUGGAGAAUUGACGAUCAGUCUGGUGAAUGGAGAUGUGUGGUCGACCAGUGUGUCAUAGUGGACUGUGUGAAGUCAUCAGCUGAGAUACACACAGGUGGUUUGUAUGUGUGUAUGUGGUCUCCGUGUUAUGCAAGAGUGAAAAAAAAUGUUCUAGCUAGGUAUCCGUAGAUUGAGUAUUUAUGAGUCGCAGCCUCCUCGGCGGGAGUCGGGAGCUGCUGCGAGAGAAGUUCAGCGGACACUGAGGUUCGAGGCUGCGGUGUGAGUGUGUGUGUGUGUUCUUUUUUUUUUUUGUGGCUGUGGACUGUAGGAAGUUCUGCUGAUCCACAUGACGUUCUGCAGACAAGACCUGUAUGUGUUAACGGACUGCACGCCAUGUUUCAGCAUGGAGCCGUCACUACCACUGUCACACAACGCUGCUCUCUACCACCCUCACUUUUCAAACACACACACACACACAGAUACACACUUUUCAUCUGUAUUUCUUUUCCCUUUUGCUCUCUCCACUAAAACAUGUCUAACAAGGAAGCACUACAGCACGGAGAGCAAAUGUUUUUUGAAGGCAGGCGAAUGGGAACGUAUGGAAAAAUACACAAGACUGUGCUUUUCUUUUCUUUUCUCCUCCCCCAAUGUGUGCCGUUGUUGAUCAUGUUGAGUGUACAAGUAUAUGGUGAAAAGUAGCCAGUGCUAGUUGCUGUGUGCCAUUUUUAAAAAAAAAGAAAAAAGUUUUUUUUUUUUCUUCGAGGAAUUCCACCUCCAAACCCUGGCCACAACUUCUCCCUCUUUGUGUGGCACCAUCGACCCACAUUAUCCUACAUUAUUGAUCCAGUCAUCAUGCCUCUAGAUCUUCUUUAAUUUUGCAGUCCACUUUAAAAGGUCCAUUUAAAAGAUUGUAUUUUUAUUAAUCUAUUUAAAAAAGAAUUGAGGUAGUGGUUGGUGCCUCCACAGUGGAACAACCCACACAAUUUUAUACACAUAGAUUUUGUUGUGCUUGAGUAGACACCAUUUUGUAUGGUUUUUGUCUCCUUCCCUUACCCCCCCCCCACCCUGCUUCAGUAUCUGUGUAUAACAGUCUGUUCUUAUGUAAAAAAAAUAAAAUAAUGUAAAAAAAAAAAAAUGCUAGAGGAGAACCGUGGAAAUAAAAGUAUGUGAAAAUAGUGUUUCUAUA